AACAUUAUAAACGUGUAAACAUAAUAGUACAACGAGUACCUCACUCACGCCAUGGACGAGUUGUGUGAGAUACUGCCUUCAAAUAAUGAUGAGCAAUUCAGCUAUGCAAUGCAAUUGGUUACUAUCUCAUCAUUACCCAUGGUUUUGCUGAAUACAAUCAAGCUCAAACUCUUGGAAGUUAUAGCUGAAGCCGGACCGGAUGCCCAACUCUCGGCUAAUGAGAUAGCAUCCACUUUGUCAAUCACCUAUCCAGGUGCCCCGGAUAUGAUAGACCGAAUGCUUCGUCUGCUUGCCAGUCAUUCAGUUGUUACCUGCACUCAGAGAGACCAUGGAAAGAAGCCGGUUAGAGCUUAUGGGCUUACUCCUCUUGCUAAAUACUUUGUCCCGAAUGAAGAUGGUGUAUCGUUAGGUCCGGUGAUGGAGUUCAUACAAGAAGAAGCUUACAUCAAAAGUUGGUAUAAGCUUAAAGAUUGUGUGCUUGAAGGGGGUAUUCCAUUCAAUGCGGCUCAUGGAGAAAAUACAUUUGAACUCCCAACUCUCAAUCUGAAGUUCAAUGAAGCUUUGAACAAGGCCAUGGUGCACCAUUCUACUAUUGUGAUCAGGGAAAUUCUCAAGUGCUACCAUGGUUUUGAUAACCUCAAAUCUGUGGUUGACGUCGGAGGUGGUUUAGGAGUCACCAUCAAUAUGAUUGUAUCAAAAUAUCCUUUUCUCAAAGGAAUUAAUUACGAUUUGCCACACGUGAUUCAACAUGCACCCAUAUAUCCUGGUAUAGAGCAUGUAGGAGGUGAUAUGUUUCAAUAUGUCCCACAAGGCGAUGCUAUUUUUCUGAAGUGGAUACUACAUGACUGGAGUGAUGAUCAUUGCUUAAAGUUGCUAAAGAACUGCUAUAAAGCACUGCCAAACAAAGGAAUGGUUAUUGUAGUGGAUGCGAUUCUUACGUUUGUACCAGAUUCAAGUGUUUCUGCUAAAAUAAACAUGAAUGUAGAUGCAAUCAUGAUGACACAAGCUCCUGGAGGAAAAGAGCGCACCGAGGAUGAGUUUUUGUCAUUUGUGAAAGAGGCUGGAUUCAGGGGGAUCCGAAAGCGAUGCUUGGUUUGCAAUUUAUGGGUCAUGGAAUUCUAUAAGUAGCUAGUAUAAUUCUGUCUACCUAUCUAUUUGUAUACACAAUAUUGUCUUUCAAAGUCAACAUAUAUUUUCAUUGCAAAUCACAAAAAUGUAAUCCAUAUAUAUAGAUUUGAGUCAAGAAGGUAAAUAAAUAAA